CGUGGAUGAUUCGCUUCCGGAAGAACGGGUCAAUUUCCCAGAGCUGGCUAUCAAUGGCUGCUGCAGUCGCUUCUCCCGGGUCCCGGUGCAGAUUGCCUACUUCGUUUUGCUUGUAUUCAAUCAGCCCCUUAGACAUUAUAAUAUGAGACUGUUCCCAAUCCUCGUUGCGGCUGGCGCAGUCGCAAAUUCAUGGAAGUCAAGUAGCUUGCAGAACCUUCGGGGGCCCCACAAUGUGAUCACGUUUGGUGAUAGUUACACCGAUGAAGGUCGGUUGUCAGCAUAUUUCUCCAACAACGGCCAGCCGCCACCACCAGGCACAUCGACGGCCGGUAGCAACUUUACUGCAAGUGGUGGAUACGCUUGGGGAUAUUUCGCGACCCAGAAGCUUGGUGCGAAGUACUAUGACUAUGCCGUGAGCGGGGCAUACUGUUCAAACGAGAUAUUCUCCCGCUACCUCGCAGGAAUAAACCGCACCUACCCGUCGGUUCUAGAGGACGAGAUACCUUCGUUCGUGCAAGAAGCCGGCAAUAAGACCUUCUACCCCAACCGCGAGGCAGACAACAGCAUCUACGCCAUCUGGAUCGGGACCAACGACUUGGGAAAUGACGCUUUCCUGGUAGACUCCCAGAAGCCGGGGCUGACGAUCACCAACUUCGUCGAGUGUAUCUGGGAGGUGUUCGACAUCAUCCACAAAAACGGCGGGCGCCACUUCGUGAUACUGAACGAAGCGCCUCUUGAGCUUUCGCCCCUUUAUGCUGCACAGCAGAACUUCGGUGUUUCUGACAACCACUACUGGACGAACAAGGCGUCCUACAACAUGACUGAGUACGAACAGAAGAUUAAGGAGUACACCACGAAUGUCAAUACCAUGUUUCAUUACGGAGUGCCGUUUCAGAAUGUGGUCCAGAAGAGGUGGCAUGGUAGCUCGUUCACGGUCUUUGAUGUCCAUAGCCUCAUCACAGAUAUCUACAACGAGCCGGAAAAGUAUUUGGAUGCACCGUUUAACUCGACGGGUUUCUACCGUGAGUGCAACGAGGACGGAUCGGUUUGUACAAACUCGGAGAACCCGCUGUCGUCGUUCUUAUGGUACGAUGAACUUCACCCGUCGGAGAAGACUGAUGAGAUUAUUGGGAACGAAUUCGCGAAAUUGGUCAAAGGGAAGUCAAAGUAUGCAAUUUACUGGUGA